AUGAAAAAUUACUAUGAGUGUAAUAAAAAGAACAUAACCUCUUAUCCUCCAUUCCUUAAUCAGCAGGAGCAAACGCAUAUUGGAGAGAAACAUAAAUGUAACCAAUGUGGAAAAGCCUUCAAAAGGAUUUCUAAUCUUAUUUUGCACAAGGCAAGUCACAUGGGAGAGAAACAAUAUGAAUGUAAGGAAUGUGGGAAAGUCUUCAAUGAUUCCUCAACGUUAAGGAGACAUCUGAGAAUACACACAGGAGAGAAACCCUAUGAAUGUAAUCUGUGUGGAAAAGCUUUCAGUCAAAAAACAUCUCUUAAAUCUCAUGUGAGAACUCACACUGGAGAGAAACCUUAUGAGUGUAAUGAGUGUGGGAAAUCUUUUGGCACAAGCUCUUACCUUAUAGUGCACAAGAGAAUUCAUACUGGGGAAAAACCAUAUGAGUGUAAGGAAUGUAGGAAAGCCUUCAGUGUUUCCUCUUCCCUUAGGAGACAUGUGAGAACUCACACUGGAGAAAAACCCUAUGAAUGUAUUCAGUGUGGAAAAGCCUUCAGUCAGAGCUCUUCACUUAUCAUUCACAAGAGAAUUCAUAUUGAGAGAGAAAUCAUGUAA